UCCCUUCCGGGGCCGCUUCCGGAAGGGGUGGGGGAAGCGCUUCCGGGGCGUUGCAGCACCGGCAGCAAAGCACGCACCGGCUUCGGGAACCGGCUGGGCCGCGGCUGGUGAGUGGGGCCAAGGGAGGGUAGUAGCGGCUGCUGGUAGCGGCGGGCGGGUCCGCAGGGCCCAUCAGCGAGGCCGCGGCUGGGCCCCGACAACAGUGGUGCCCUGGGCUCGGCGUGACCCUCUCGGUUGUGCCCGUGCCGGUGCUUCCCCCGCAGAACGGCGCCAUGGCUGCAGACUCGGAGGUGCUGCACUUCCAGUUCGAGCAGCAGGGUGAUGCCGUGCUGCAGAAGAUGAACCUCCUGCGGCAGCAGAACCUCUUUUGCGACGUCUCCAUUUACAUCAACGAUACAGAGUUCCAGGGGCACAAGGUGAUCUUCGCCGCCUGUUCCACCUUCAUGAGGGACCAAUUUCUGCUCAACCAGUCGAAGCAAGUGCGCAUCACUAUCCUGCAGAGCGCCGAGGUGGGCAGAAAGCUGCUGCUCUCUUGUUACACGGGCGCUCUGGAAGUCAAGAAGAAAGAGCUACUGAAAUACCUCACAGCCGCGAGUUAUCUCCAGAUGGUUCAUAUCGUGGAGAAGUGUACGGAAGCCUUGUCAAAGUACUUGGAAAUCGACCCCGCCAUGGAGAACGGAAAUCAGGUUGUAGAGAGGUGUCACUCCUCAGACGCUGAACUGAGAAACGGGGACGAGGUUUUAGAUAAAGAUUGUGAAAUAAUUGAGAUCUCUGAAGACAGCCCAGUGAGUGUGGAAUACCCCGUGAAACAAGAGCAGGCAGACGUCUCCCAGCCUGAAGUGCAGAGCUUGGUCUCAGAACGGAAGGACACGAAAACUCCAGAAAUAUCAACAGUUGAAAUCGGAUACAAGGAUGAUGAGAUCUGUAUCUUCAGAAUGGAUUCUGUGAACGUAGCCAGUGUAGAAAAUGAUCAUUUUCCUCAGCCUUGCACAUCCUCUAAAAGUAAUUUGUAUUUUCCAGAAACCCAGCACUCCUUGAUAAAUUCUACAGUUGAAAGCAGAAACACAGAAAUGUCAGGAAAUCACUUGCAGGCUUUUGUCAGCGACAAUCCAGAAGGAACUUCUAGUGUGAUGAAUGGGUUCCAGAGCGUGGAUGAUUACGGCAACUCAUGGCGGCACCAGUGUCCCAAGUGUCCAAGGGGAUUCCUACAUCUUGAGAACUAUCUUAGACAUCUGAAAAUGCACAAACUCUUCUUGUGUUUGCAGUGUGGCAAGACAUUUACUCAAAAAAAAAAUCUCAACAGACACAUCCGGGGGCACAUGGGCAUCCGCCCCUUCCAGUGCAUGGUGUGCUUGAAGACCUUCACGGCCAAGAGUACGCUGCAGGAUCACCUGAAUAUCCACAGCGGUGACAGGCCCUACAAGUGUCACUGCUGUGACAUGGACUUUAAACACAAGUCUGCUCUUAAAAAGCAUUUAACUUCUGUUCAUGGAAGGAGUAGUAGUGAAAAAUCAAACCUGAACACAAUUACAAAAGUUAAAAUAGAUUAUGAUUAACGAAUGGGUAGUUGUGGAGCCAAGCUCCACAAAAAGCUUCUGCCUAGUGAAAUUCUAGAUGAAAUUCUAGACAUAGAUCCCUGUGUAAUGGAGAGAAGCACAAAGAUGUGACUCAUGAUCAAAUACAGGCCUUGUGAGCAGCAAACUUGCCCGCAGCAUUGAGAUUGCUACUGCUGUGUGAAAAAGGUGUUUACUAAUUGAAAGUAAACUUAAAAAUAUGGGAAAUUAGAUCAUUCUUCUCUUCUGUUACUCUGGACACAUUGUGAUUUUCACCCUCUCCCCCAUUUAUGUUUUAUGCUCUCUCAUUUCAACGGCAGACACUGCUGAUUUUCAGAUGAUUCCUGAUAUUGCAAUAAGCUGAAGCCUGAGCCGUGAUAUUCCUGAUCUGUAAUGGCUAAAGAAAAAGGAUGUUUGUGUUUAUUCAAUGAGUCUGUCAUUCACAGCUAGUUCAAGUAUCAUUUAUGUUAAAAUUAUCUCUUUACUUACCCAAACUUUUGACAGAAAGAAGGCUCCUUUUCAUGCUCUAGCCUCUGAUAUUUAAGAAAAUACAGUAAGCGGGAAAAAAACAUCAAGGAAGCUUUCAGAUUGCCUUUAGCAAAUAGAGAAUUAGUAGGAAAGAAUGAAACAAAUGGUAUUGCCUUGCAGUCCAUUUUUUAAGUGGAUAGUCUCAUUGGAAGGACUUGCUUUGAGUUUUAUUGACUAAGCUCUGAUUUUUUCUAAAGUUCUUUCUUCUGAUAAUUUUUUUCCUGUCACACCAGUGUUUUGCACUGUAUCUGACUAAUUUGAAGUUAAUCCUGUUUGUUGAGUUGCAGUGUUUUUUACAAAUCCUAGAUACAUAUACAAAUGUGAGAAGUUAAGGUGUGUGCUGUUAGGUAAUGGCAGUUUCUAUGUUAAUUUGGAGAAACAAUCCUUUCUAUCUGAUUUGGAACAGCUUAGACAUAGAGGUCUCCUCAUACUCUAAAUCUGUGAUACAGUAAACCAGUAACUGUGUGUUUGGAUAGGUGUGUUUGUACUUUGUCAAAGGUCAUUUCAGUUUCAUCACAAGCAUUGAUCGAAAGCCCUCUAACACAGAAUCUUUAUCCUGUACCUAUCUUUGACUGGUCUGUGCUUCUUCCACUUAAUGUGAUAUGAAUAAAGAGUCUAUUCAGUUGUUGAUAUGACAUAAUGGUGCUUACCUUAGGUUCUCUCCAAAAGCUGUAGUUCUUAAUCCUGUCUGUAACUUUCCUUCAAGUUUUAGAAGUGCUUUUACAAAGCACUGAGUCCAGAAGUCUGGCCUGUGUGCUCCGUAACAUGGCUGGUUUUAAAAAACAAGAGAGAGUUUUCAAUGCCAGUUAACAGAUUUCACUUACUUCCCAUCCCUGUGUCUAUGGCUGCACCAGUCACUGCUUGGGGUUUGUCAGCCAUGUGAGGGAUUCGGUGAGUACAAUGGCUAACAUGCAUUUUCCUGUUGCAGACAGUAACACAACUAACUGUUAUUGUCUUCAUUGCUUAGAACUAAGUUAACAGUUUUUAAAAACUCAUUUCAUGAUUGGGGAGGGGGGUGUUAAGAUCUUCAUCUGAUAUUGUUAGCACUUAAAGUACAUAAUAGUUGGAUUAAAGCAAUAUUUCCAAUUUAUACUGGGCCUUCUUGUGGUAGGCAGCAUACAACUUUCUCAAACCCCUGUUGUCUAAAUGGGCAAGUUGUGUAUUUUGCAGCUGAGCAUGCCACUAGUGCCAGAUUGCUCCCAAAAUUCUCAGAAAUGUCUGUCUUUACACAACUGACUUGUGAAGGACUUCAUUUUACUGGAUCACUGGAAAGGUGUGUGUGCCAAGACUGCAUAUGAGGGUGUCACUGUGAAUGAGAGAAACGACACUCCCACUAAGUUUUACUGUGGGUUAAAAUUACCUGGACUAUUCACUACUUUAAGGCUCAACCUUUCACAAUCUCUGCUUUUACUUCAUAUUAAAGAUGAUGAUUUACUUUGUUUUGGUGAUUUGUAACUGCAGGAAGCUUUGGGAGUUUCUUAGGUGCAAGUCACCUGACAUUUUGCUAAAACUCUGCAUUUUAUAGCAUUGAUUUUGUUUCUACUCAUUAUUCUGUCAGUGUUUGCAGUCCUAUUGUUUGCCUGUUUUUUACGGAAUAACGUUAUUUUUGGGUUCUUAAUUGCAUAAAAAUUAAUAGUCUGAUUUUCUAAAGCAUGCUAAUACCUGCACUUGCCCCUGCUGUAUUUACAGGUGGUCACUUGGGUGUACAUACAGGUUUGUAUGUAGCUAUUCAUUCGUGUCUACAGAAUUAGUUACUUAAACUCCUUCACCCUUGGAAGAAAUCAUAAAAUAAGGAAAAAGUUUGCUUCCUUUCCUCCAUUGUUUUUACAUUGGGCUGCUAUUACUGUAGUUCAGUAAAUAAUUGUAUUGUGCAUUCUGGGACAGAUUUGGUUCAACUCUGCUUUGGGUUGUUCAGACAAUAUGCAUUUUUGGCAGGUAUAGAAUUAGCAUUGAUAACUUCAGAAGAUUACUGCUUGGUUUUGUUUGACUGGCAUUUAUAGGUGUAUGCACAAGCAUUUGUGUGGCAAAGGGAAAAGAGGCUGAUCUUCUGAAGUGCAUCUACUGUGGGAGCAGAAUUGCGAGUUCUUUUGGUCUGUGGUAUUGCAUGUUAACGUGAGAGGGAGUUGUGUUGUGUGACAGACCAACAGCAUGUUCUGUUCAGUGGCUGAGUGUCUUGGCAAGCUCUGUGAACAAAAAUAGAUUUUGUACACUUGUUCACAUUAAAGGUGUUUCCUCUCUCCUGUCUAUCCAUGUAACCACUCAUCCUGUCACAAUAAAUGAAAUGCAAACAAGACAA